AUGUCAUCUGCUGCUUUGCUGUCCGCGCCUGCAACGCCGUCGAUAAACUUGUCAAUUGAACGUCGCUUCUUGGCCGCGUACGACUGGAUCCCUGUGGCCAGUCCGGAUCGCGCGCUCUUCACCUUGUUCCUCGACCCCUUGAUCUUCGACGAGCAGGUGACCAACAUCGUUGGCUUCACCGUUGUCUUCAUCAGCUAG